AGUAAUUUGAAAUUGAGGCUGGUUUGAUUUCUGUUCUGUUAAGUGACAGAUUUAAAUACUACGUUACAUUUUGUAACGGAGCUAUUUGCGCUGUGGUUUUUUAUGGAUAUAGAUCUCUUCAACUGGUUUUGUUGCGCGGUAAUUUUUGGCUGUAGAAUUAAAAAAUACGAAAUUAAAGCACUGUUUUGCUUUUCUAUUUAUGUCGACUAUGUAGUCAACCUAGGUACACUAAUACACACAUGUAUGAAUUAGUUAUGCGAUGUGAUCCACACAAUAAAUCGGUACUAAUUUAAGUUGAUUAAAUAAGCUAGUUGCAGCAAUUAAUUUAGCUUCUAUGUCUUAAAAUAUCACAUUUUGAUUUCGGUUUAAAAGUACUUGUCAUCACUAGCGUUUUAGGUUGUUAUGGACAUUAAAUUGUGUCUUGUUAGACCGGUCACUGAUGUGUUGGGUUUUAAGCUAAUGACGCAACCUGUACCUCGAGACACGAGAUUUAUGAUUGUCAGAUUCGUCAGUGCUUUAGGUUAUCGAAAAAAUGUGUUCCAAAUAUGUAAACUUUGUCAGUCAUGGUUUUUUCUCACCCUAGCAACUGCAUUUCUGCACUAUGAGUGUAUCCCCAGAUUAUUGUGUAGUGACGGGUGUCGCACUUGGAAACCUUUUUACGUAUUUGUCGUAUAGUAAAGUAGACGACUAUUUCAUCUAGGGUCGUUUUCUUCUAAUCACAGACCGCUUUAUAAUUUAAACAACCGAUUUCUAGCCAGAAAAGAUGCCCUGUAAAAACUUUCCUUGUUGUACAUUUACACUAGCGCACAUGUGCAUGAAGAUCAAUACAUAUACAUAUGAAUGUAUUGACAGAUCUACAGAAAAUUUGUUAUUAAUUAGAUAGGAAACCGGCUGGUUAGCUAAAGAUUUAGUGGUACAAAGUUCAAUAAAUCCGGCCAUUUUUCAACUGAUUUGUUUAAUGUUGGGAUUUACCUGGUCAUUAACCAUAAGCUUUACAGACGACUAGUAACUUGUUUCUAAGUAAAUUCGAGGAAUUCUUUAGUUUGUGUAUUACUUUAAUUCUACAUUCGCUAAAUCCCCACCGCUAUACAAUUUCAGGCGAAAUUUAAAGUUUAUGGAAGUUUUUGGGCCGCAUCACUGUAGACGAAAUGUAUUCAGUCGCAGACAUUGACUUAAUUGAGGAUCGUUAUUAUAGAGAUUUACCAAGCUCUAAACAUAAUCUGUCUUUUGCUGGCUGCGGCUUUCUCGGAUUGUAUCAUAUAGGCGUUUGUUGCUGUAUUAAACGUUUCGCACCCCAUCUAUAUCAAAACAAACCAGUAUCUGGAACUAGUGCUGGUGCAUUAGCCGCGGCUUGUUUAGUGUGUGAUUUGGAUAUGGAUGUAUGCGUCCGGCAUAUUUGUAAACUUAUUGAAAAUACGAGACGAUUUACACUUGGUCCAUUUGAUCCACGAUAUAAAAUAAGCGAAUAUUUAAAAGAUGGCUUAUCUCAGUUAUUGCCACCAGAUGCUCAUGUUUUAUGCUCUGAUCGUCUUUCGAUAUCGUUAACAUGCUUCACCACGCGAAAAAACAUAAUCGUCCGAAAGUAUAAAAAUAGGGAUGAGGUAAUCCAAGCUCUGCUGUGUUCUGCGUAUAUUCCUAUUUUUAGCGGGUUUGUUCCAUUAACGUUUAGAGGUCAGCUUGUGGUCGAUGGCGGUUUAUCAAACAAUUUACUUAGCAUAAACCAACAAACUAUUAAAGUUAGUCCAUUCGCUGGUGAUUCGGAUAUAUGUCCAUUGGAAUCAAAAUGGGGCCCACAGUAUCAUAGAGCUCAGCCACAAAAGUACGAAGAUGUGUUAGGCUCAAUCUCAUUACUGAAUCUUUCAAUGAGCUUCAACUUAACAAAUAUUAAACGUUUAGUGGGAAUGGUGUGGCCAAUGUCUCCUGAUCAGUUGGUUAACUUAGCCAACCAAGGUUAUGAUGAUGCAUUACGGUUUUUAAUUACACGUGGUUUUAUUGCUUGUCGUAUACAUCAAACUCCGAGAGAAUUUUCAAAUAUUUCUCGAGUGAAAUCAAGAAACUCUCCACGGAUUCGUCGGUUACAUAGUUGUGAUUCACUUGUAUCCAGUAAAAUACAUAGUGAUUCAGAUCGUAAUCGAGAUCGCUCCUCUGAAACAAGUUCAGUUGUUCAAAAGAUCGAAUCCUCUAAAUGUAUCGGUUCUGCACCAAAAAAAUUAAUUCAUGGUUCUGGAAUCGGUUUAAACGUAGCUCACUGCUGUGCAUGUCGAAGUGAAUUGUAUAAGGCGAUUAACUCUUCGUUUCCCUCUUCAUUGAAUUCACUGAUCAGAGAUGGGACAAAAAUUUCACAAUCAUAUUUAAAUUUUGUUCAAAGUCAUCUUUGGGUGUAUGGAUCAUCUUUGUGCUCAUUUAGUUUUAAACUGUUUGGGUUUCCUCUCAGGUUACAAAUCAAAUUUCUAAUAUAUGUUAUUUCCAGAUGUGUAGGGGCUUUGGAACAAUCCCAUAUUGGUACUUAUCACUUACUCAGUUUAUUGGAUCUUUUAAAAGAGUCUCAGUGGUAUCUUGAAACAAUGAACGAAACAGAACAAACUUCAACUAGUACACUAAAUAAAUCAAUUGGUAAAACGAUACCAAUGUCCUUAGAUUCAGAUGCCAGGAAGAAAUGUCAUCGAUUUUCUACAAACAGUCACCCAGUUAUUACAAUGAUAAAUUCAAUUUUUUGGAAGGGAGCUGAUAGUUUAAGCGGUUUGAUUUUACGAUUAAAUUCGUUUGAGUUACCAACAGCCAGCGACUGUGGAUUAGAAUUACUAUCUUACUCAUUACAAAAGAGUAUCGCUAAUCCGUGUUUGCUACCUAUGGAUGGUCUUGAGUCAGAUAUCAGCCAGGCAGAUCGUGGAUGUAAAACAGAAAAUGACGACAGUGGAAUUUGUUAUACACCAAGUAAUUCAGUUUUAGCAAACAAGUUUUUAUCAGCCGAUAAUGUAGAUAUUGACUCCAGCACACCUUAUUCAGAAUUUUAAAUGUGAGGAAGUGUUAAAGAUCAUUUCUUUUCAACUAGUCAUAAUUUGUUUUUGUUUCGAAUCCUAACUAACCCGUUAUCUAUAUAUUUUCAAGUGAUUUUGAUCUAUAUAUUUUUCUAUUUGUUUCUUCAUUUUUUUGGCUAUAAAUGAUUUAAACUGAGCAUAAAUUUUUGGUUUCGUUAGUUAGUAACAAAAUUAUGUUCUUUUCAAACAUCUAGCACUUUGAAUUAUUCCACAAAAUACAAUCCAACUGUUUCUGCAGUAAAGUUUUGUUAUAUGACGUAUGUUGGACAUUUUAUAAAACCUAUUGCGCAUUAUUUAGUACAUAAUAAAUAUAUAGGGAAUUUUGUAGGCAUUUUGUUCGACGUUUCUCAUAGAUUAUUUUAAAUACCGUUAUAAUCUUAAGUUUCUAAUCUGUUUAGAUUGAUAUGUUUGCUAAAAAUCCUAAUCUGUUAAAUACUAUAGUUUUGCACCA